CCCUGAUUUGGCAGAGUAGUUUAAUUAGGUUCGGUGCAGUAAACUGUAAAUUCUAAAUCCCUUCCCAUAAAAAAAUAAAAGAAAAUUUCAACUGCUCCUCCAAUUCCGAAACCUUAACUCCAGUUGCAGAUGUGCAGUGUGUAGGGGUGGAGAGCAUGGCGGCAAUGGCUUUCCGCUUUCCCUCUGUGGCUUUAAAGCUUGGGAGUUGGAGUAAUAGUACUACGUUUCACCUUCAUAGGAUUACAAGAGAGAGAGAGGCACUACCAAGCACAGCUCCAACAGUAUUAUCCAACAACAUUAACCAGCUCCAGCCACGUCCGGCCUCUUAUCUAGACCAUGAAAGCAUACUUCCUAGAAGAUUUACAUGUCCCAUCUCUGACGUUGGUAGAUGUGCUCGUCAUUACGAGAAACAUGCUCUUUUCGCUGUCAAAGAGUUCAACAAGCAAAAGGAUGCCCAACUGCAGUUUGUGAGGUGGGUAAGGGAAAGUCAGCAGCUUUUUUGCGGCUGUAUGAACUAUUUUAUAACAUUAGAGGCCGCUGAUGCUGGUACGGUGAAGCUUUAUCAAGCAAUCGUUGCGCAGACAAUCUCAAAGGAGCUCAGAUUGUUUGGUCUUGUUCUUGAUGGUGGAAGACUUUUAAAACUGAUUGAUAACAGGCGUACAAGCCCAAAGAUCAAUCGCACAAGAGAUCCAAUUGAUACCAGAGGUCUGUAGAAGGAGAUGGUGUAGACUGCCGUUAUUGUCUGCAUGGCUUCUAGUUGUUUUAAUGAAAUUGGGAGAGAAAUGCUAACAUGUAUGUACGCUCUGCGUGUCUCCCGAUUCCACCCACUGGUGCCAAUGCCAUCAUCAUCGCCAGACCUCCGUCUUCCGGGCAUCUCUCUCUUUCACAUUAAGCUUUUAUGCAUGAAUUUAUGUUUGGCGUGUUUCAAUUUCUGGUACCUCAGCUGUGAGUUUACCCUACGUGUACAUGCAACUAGGUUAAUUCCUGAUAUCUGUAAGUCCUCCAUUUAUAAAGUUCUUUUAGCUAAUUACUUAACCAAAGCUCCUCGUAGAUUUUAUUUAUAAUUUUUGUCCGCUUUGAUUAGUAUCGGUGUAUAGGGAUACCCCAGUCUAUGUUAUUUAUGAAAUGGUAGUCUUUUAGGCUGCUUCUAAUCAAAUUUUGCACCUUGGUUUCGGGGGAAUAGAAAGAUGUUUCCGAGCAGAGCGGUAGUGUUGUUUUGUGAAGAACAAUCACAAGGCAUUAUACAAUCUGAGGGGACAGGGGAGCAACACUAACACGAUCU